GAGAGCUGCCUUUCUCUGUGUCAGUCUUGUCCCAAAAGUGAUGGGGGGGGUGUCAUCUCCGCGUCCAUCACGCCGACGCUUCUCGGAUGCUUGGGUCGCGCCGGAUCGCGCGUUAUUCCGGGCCGUGUGAGAGAAUCGGAUCGGACUGACGCCGGACGCGGCCCCAUUGCGGCGUUUCGCGAAAUCGGGGAAAGAAGGCAGCAUUGUGCGCCUUGGGUCGGCGGAGAGGGUGCACUGCCGGCGGCUUGAUGCUGCAAAAAAUUCGCCAUUGUUUUGAUGAAUAGGACCCAGCAACGCUGAAAUCAGAAAUCGCCCCCCCCUCCCCCUUUUUCAAACACAUCGGCAAGGAGAUAAGCAGUUCAAUGUUUUCUCACACGGUAUUUCUGCUUUGUAUCCAGAGCGCUGCCUCCCUCCUCAUCAGCGUCAGAGAUGAAGGCAGCAUUGUCAUAUCCUUGGAGGCCUCGGACGUGAGGGAAGACACCACUGCAUACGCAGUAAUAGUGUCUGGCGAGCCCAAGACCCAUUUCCUGCAGUUUGAGAACCCCAGCGGAGCCGCGCCCCAUCCUCUGGUCUUCAACGCCUCCUACUACGGACUCUGCUACACGGUCAGCCUCGUGGUCAGCAACGGCACAGCGUGGUCAAAGCCAGGGAUUCCUGUUAGCAUCCUCACAAGGCCUCUGCCAGUGGACAGCGUGCUCAUCCAUGACUACAAGCCUUCUCCGGAAACGGGCAUCGUUUUUGAGAUGAAAUAUGCAGAGAACAACAUUUUUACCAGGGUGAACAUCAGUUACCUGGAGAGACAGGAGCAUCGGUGGAUCCUAUACAAAGAUUUUACCAAGGGGAAAACCGUCUUCAAGCACUGGUUGCCGGGGACCUGCUACAGCAACAUCACAUUCCAGCUGGUGUCGGAAGCCACCAUCAAUAAGACUGCUGUAGUCCAGCACAGCGGAGUGGUCCACCAGCCCACGCAGCACAGAACGGUGCCAAACCCUCCCCUCAAUGUUUCCCUGAAGAUCACUCAGCUUAGAGAUAGGCCUCGGUUAACGGGGACCCAUGACGGGCUGCUGAGGAGGAGUGGCCGUAAUGUCCCCUUAAUGGGCAAACAGGAACAGGCAGGGACUCUGGAGGAAGAGGUUGAGUCCAUGGACUAUCCUGACCCUCAUGGACCAGUAGACCCUGUCCGAAGCCUUAACGGCUCCGUGGAUAGCUUCUCUGUCAAUGGCACAGAGGAUGACAAUAGCACCCAGCCCUAUUGGCCAGACUCCACUACAAGCACCGCCCCCACAGAGCAGGAAGAGCGGGAUUCUGUGAAUGCACCGUUUUCAGAGUAUGACGACUCCCCUGAGCUGGGGUCUGCCGGGGGCCCGGCCCUGUUUCCUGCUUCCACUCCACUCCCUACCAGAGGGCCCCCCAUGCUGCUUGAGCUGCGAUGGCUGCCCCCCCGUCCGCCUACUGCAUUUGACGGUUUCAAAAUUUACAUCUAUAAAGAUGGUAACUCCACGGAAGUGACUACCAUAGAUGAAAACACUCAUGAAUUUUUCACGGAGCUGACGGAGUCGGGCACCUACAGGGUGCUGGUCACCACCCUGAGCUCGUCUGGAGACUGCGAGCCCAGAGAGAGCACCAGGGACACUAGUAUCACCUUCUACCUCAGUUACAGCGGUGAGUGGUUUGAGCAGCCCAUGGAGCGGCCCCAGGCAGUUAGCGUGCGGUUACUAAACCCCACCACAGCGGCUGUAACCUGGACCCCCAGCACUUCCUGCCACAACGGCAGCCUGGUGGCCGUGCUGUCACUGACGUGCCUCAAACCUACCAUCAGCCAGCGGACGGAGACCACAUACUGCUCCGAGGAAAACUCUACUAGUGAUAUCAUCACCAAUUUGACUCCGGGGGCGCAAUACAGGGUGGUGGUGUACCACACAAAUGGCCCAUUGGCGAGCCCCCCCUCUGACCCUGUCAUCAUUGGAAUCGAGCCGACAGGAGUACGGGACCUGGUCGUCUAUCCACUCAGUCCCUCCGCGAUCAUCCUCACCUGGCAGCGGCCGUACAACGUGGCCUUCCGCAAGUACAUCCUGGAGACCUUCUUCUUCAACCCUGUCACCCUGACAUCGGGGUGGACUACCUACUACGAGGUCGCGGCCACAGCAUCACUAACAGCCUCUGUGAGGGUGACUGACUUGCUGCCGGCUUGGUACUACAACUUCCGUGUUACCAUGGUGACCUGGGGUGAGCCAGCUCUCCGCUGCUGUGAUGCCUCUACCGUGAGCUUCAUCACAGCACCCGAGGCCCCCCACAUUUCAUCGGUGGAGUAUUCCAAUGGCCUCCUGUAUGUGCGCUGGACCUACGGGGACAUCUUCACAGACCUGUCACACUCCCGCGUGUUGCACUGGCAGGUGGUGGCCGAGGGCAAGAAGAGCCUCAAGAAGCGUAUUUCUGCCGAUGUGACCCGCAUGUCCAUGAAGGCAGCUUUGGUCAUCCCCCCUGGGGACAUCUACAACUUGACAGUGAGCGCCUGCACAGAACGCAGCCGGAACACCUCUCGGCCACACAUCAUCAAACUGGGGCCUGCUCCCCCUAGGUCUGUCCACGCAGUGAACAGCACCCACACUUCUGUAACCCUCAUCUGGGUUGAGGAGGGCGUGGUGGAUUACUACCAGGUCCACUGCAGGCCAGCUGCUCCAGGAAAAGAUCUUAAAGCGAGGGAACCGCAGAUGGUCCACUCUCACAUCGCCACUGUGUCCAGCCUACAGCCUGCCACUGCCUACAACUGCAGCGUGACCAGCUACAGUUACAGCACCCCUAGCGAGCCCACCUACAUUGGCGUGUCUACCACAGUGCGGGAGAUGAACCCCAGUGUGGCAGCCAUCUCUGCCCUGGCCGUCCUGAGCGUCCUCCUCAUCAGUUUGCUGGGCCUCAUCUUCCUAGUGCUCCGAAAGAAACACCUUCAGAUGGCCAGGGAAUGUGGUGCUGGAACCUUCGUCAACUUCGCAUCAUUCGAGAGGGAUGGGAAGCUUCCGUACAACUGGCGAAGGAGUCUCUUUGCCUUCCUAACACUCCUGCCGUCCUGCCUGUGGACUGAUUACCUUUUGGCUUUUUAUAUUAAUCCUUGGGGCAAGACUGCCUUAAAGAAAAGGAAACUAACAAGCCCUGUCCAGCUGGAUGAUUUCGAAGACUACCUCAAGGACAUGAGCAAAGACUCGGCGUACAAAUUUUCUCUGCAGUUUGAGGAGUUGAAGACAGUGGGUCUGGACCUAUCCCAUGAUGCAGCUGACCUCCCCGUCAACAGAGCAAAGAACCGCUACACCAACAUCCUUCCUUAUGAUUUCAGCCGCGUGAAGCUGAUCUCCAUGCACAACGAUGAAGGAGCCGACUACAUCAACGCCAAUUACAUUCCUGGCUACAAGUCGGCGCGGGAGUACAUCGCCACACAAGGCCCCCUUCCCGAAACCCGCAAUGACUUCUGGACGAUGGUGCUGCAGCAGAAGUCGCGAGUAGUCGUCAUGCUGACGCAGUGCAGCGAGCGCCGCAGGGUGAAGUGUGAUCACUACUGGCCCUUCACGGAGGAGCCGGUAGCCUACGGGGAGAUCACGGUGGAGAUGCUGUCUGAGAAGGAGGCCCCAGAAUGGACCAUGAGGAACUUCAGACUGAGCUACGCGGACGAGACCCAGGACGUGCUGCACCUAAACUACACCUCGUGGCCCGACCAUGGCGUCCCCACGGUCAACGCCAUCGAGAGUAUCCUGCAGUUCGUCUACAUCGUGCGGCAGCAGGCGGCCAAAAGCAGGGGCCCCAUCGUCGUGCACUGCAGUGCCGGUGUGGGUCGCACAGGGACCUUCAUCGCCCUGGACCGCCUCAUGCAGCACAUACGCGAGCACGAUUACGCCGACAUCCUGGGCGUCGUGGCCGAGAUGCGAGCACACAGGCUAUGCAUGGUGCAGACGGAGGAGCAGUAUGUGUUCAUCCACCAGUGCGUCCAGCUGAUGUGUAAGAAGAAAAAACAGCAGUCAUUGGUAUCCAGCGACGUCAUCUAUGAGAACGUCAGCAAGUCCUAAUCAUGAGAGGCGACGCGGUAAACUGUCCGGGGAACAUGUGUUCAGUGUUUAUCGGCACAGUUUCAGAUGAAAGUCCCAUAGAUCUUAGGUCUUUGCUCGCCCCUCCACCGGUUUGUGUGGCCGAGCCUCCAGGCCGGCAGACUUUCGUACUUGGCUGAGGCAUCAACAGAAAAGUGACAACAGAGAACUGGGGGGGGGGGGCACUUUGGUUUCUUAAGAAGCUCACAGAACCUUGUUUUAGAGACUCUGGACUGCCUGCCAGCCACUGGAACACUUUUCUCUCUUUUUUUUUUUUCUUUUUUUGGGGGGGGGGGGGGGGUUGGCACUGGAUUAUUUGAUCAUUCCAAUGUACAGAAGCGAGAUGGAGAUGCUCCAACAGCCAAUAGCAAAACAGGAAGCACCCCCUGCAGCGUGACAAGCAGCCAGACACACUAACAAGCUUCUUAUCUGCGCUCUCACAGGUCCUUUAAUCCUGUUGCCGCUGAUGCUGAAGGUUGGGCUGGCCUGUCAUUUUCUCAUUUUGGAAAAAUCUAUCGGUUUUCACUCAUCAGCCAAAGCCCGCAUAGAUUACAUGUAACCUUAUCAUUUUUCACAAUGACACUGACAAGGGGCGGUUUUUUUAAGAUGGUAAUACCUGGGAAGCCUGCUUUGCAGGAGUGUGUCAGCUUGGGCCUUUUCUCCACGCUUUGACAGCUGUUCACAUGGAUUAGCGUCAGUCGUCACACCUUUCACAGCUGCAGCCCGCUAUGGAAUCUUGGACAUCGUAAGGACAAUGGCUUUGGUUUUUAAUAAAAACAAAAAAGGGGGCCAAUUUACAGCCAGCGAAGUUCAGCUUGACUCCUGCCAAUCCGGAGAACGUGCUGGAACGUUCCAGAGACGGCCGAGCGUCCACGCCUGUGUUCCAUGCCGGCCUCAUCUGUGUACCAGGAACUUAACACGUCUAACCAGAAAUAACAUCUUCGGCCCUCGGUACCAUUGGAUUCAUUUUGCAAGGGAACCGGACUGGAAGGACCAGUGCGUCGGUUCUCAUGCUCUGGUCUUAUUUUAUUUUUUUGUAUGAUACUAAUAAGAUUGAUGUGGAAGUCAGUCAUUACUGGGGAAUAUUUGGGUUAAACCAUUUUAGGCAUACUAGGGUAUGCUCUUUUUUUUAACACGGUAUGUAAUGUGCAUAUUGUAUUUUUAAACAUGGAAGACUUGAUUUUCUUUCAUCGGUGUGUUAUCAGUAAAAUUCUGAAGUACUCCAGAAGGCAGGAACUUGCCCCGCAUUGAACUGGUUUGCUUUGUGCUUACUAUUACCGGCCGGUUUGUCCCCAUUUUUUGACAUUGGGCUCAUCCCGGUACCUGUAUGGAGCUCUCAAGGGCCCCUCAUUAGGGCUUUAGAAAGUGUUUCCAGAGUUGAAACCGGUGCCUCAACAUGGUGCUAUAGGCUUUGUUAAAAUUUGUUUAAAUGAUGAUUUAAAAAAAAAAAAAAAACCCUAAAUCUAAAAAUCUCACCUCAUGCAAGUGUUAAAUUUGCAUUUUUGCCGCACAAAGCGUGCAGAUGUAGGAAAUGCUCUGGCCCCGUGAGUCGGUGUUUCUAAGAAACUUCCUCUGCCCUACUGCCUUUCCGGCUGACCGCGCAGCGGCUUCUCAAGCGCUGAAACAAACUUUUUUUUUUUGUGUAGAUAGUGUCCCUGUGCUCCCCUUCGCUCAGUGUGUCCUACCUAAACUGUGUCUUUAGUGCCAUUCUCGUGCUUCUGUCACCAGAAGGAUGAUCGCUAUACCGCUGCAACGGCAAGAGUGGGUCAUUGUCACAGAGUUUUAAUGUACGUGUCGGAAAUUAAACAUCUAUUCUUAAGAA